AUGAUCCCUUUCAACUCCAGGAGUAAAGUUAGCAUUCUUGGCAAUAUUUCUUUAAAUGUCCAAAGAGGAACAGAGUUGUCUUUAAAGAAGGAACUUGAAAAAUAUAAAACACCUGCGCAAUUGGAACAUAUAGCCAUUGAAAAAGAUGAAAACAACUCUACAUCUUCUAGGUCAUCUCAAUCUGAGACUUCUGAUAUUGUUAAGCUUGCGGGGAGUAGUUGUGCGGCUGCAAACACGGGUUUCGAAAGGAAAAAUACCACAUUGGAAAGUAAGCCAACGGUCGCCCUGUUUAUAGGUGAUCUACAUAAACGGGUUACAGAAGACGUACUAGAAACCUAUUUCUCGAAAUACAAUUCUUUAGUAUCCACAAAGAUUUGCAAGGAUUCUUCUAGUGGAGAGUCUUUAGGAUAUGGGUAUCUAAACUUCUCCAAACAAGAAGAUGCAGAUCUGGCAACGGAGGAAUUUAAUUACAGGCUAAUCAUGGGUAAUGAGGUGAGAAUCAUGCCAUCUUUAAGAAAUACAUUUUUCCGUAAAAAUAUGGGUACCAAUGUCUUUUUCUCUAAUCUACCACUAGAAAACUCUUCUUUGACAACGAGGGUAUUUUAUGACACUUUCAAAAUAUAUGGGAAAAUCCUUUCUUGUAAAUUAGAUAAAAGGAAGAAUAUUGGUUUUGUCUAUUUUGAAAAUGAUCAAGCCGCCAGAAAUGUGAUAAAAGAUUAUAAUGAGAAUAUGUUUUAUGGCAAUAAGAUUUUGUGUGGAAUUCAUUUUGACAAAGAUUUUAGGAAGUUUCCAGAUUUCGAAAAACGGAAAACUAGUCUAGAAGCAAUAACAAUUCCAAAAGAAGAAUUCACUUCCUCUGAUGGUGAAAAAACUGUCAUAGAACAUGAUUCAAAUAAUCAAGUGCCCCAUCCAAAUUCAAUUUUUGUGACUAAUUUACCUUUGGGCUCUUCGAAUGAAGAACUUCUGAAUUACUUCAGUAAAAUUGGGCCCGUCAAAUCUGUUUUCUCAUCGAGGGCUGUUAAAUAUAAUUCACUGUGGGCUUUUAUUACUUAUAAGAAAGGAAUAGACACAAAAAAGGCAAUAGAAAACUGCAAUGGAAAAUCAUUUAAGGAGAACGUUUUGAAAGUGGUAAAAGCUGAACCAAGGGAAAAUAAACAUGCCAGCUAUGAAAACCCUAAAACUAUGGUUUAUUUCGAAAAUGCAAGCCUCAUUUGUAAUGAAGAGUUUCUCACACAACUUUGUAUUCAGGAAAGGAUAAAAGUAUCGAAAAUACAAAUAACGUCUUAUGAUGAAAGCUCAAUGACAUAUUCAGGAUAUGUUAAGUGCAAUACAAAGAAUUUUGCAAAAAGGUUAUUUGAGUCAUUGAAUCAAAGAUUAAUUGGAGGCUCCGUCGUAAGAUGCUUAUGGAUGAGACCAAAUGGAAUGAAAAUCUCUUCAAUUAUGGCAGCAAAACUUCCUUGCCCUGCUGAUUAUAAAGAUGUCCAACAACUGCAACUGCAACUGCAGCAACAAUUGCUUUGCCAACGUGAACAACAUUCACUGCAGUCCCAGCAGCAACAGCAGCAACAACAACAACAACAACAACAACAACAACAACAGCAACAACAACAGCAACAACAGCAAUCUCAAAUGCUGCUCCUGCCAUUCUAUCAGCCGUUAGUUUAUUCUGGGCACUCUUUUUCAUCUCAAUCCAUGGGCCAAGUACCAUGUAGGAACCCCAAUACAUUUUCAUGGAUGGAGGAACAACAGCAAAAACAAGUAUUAGAAUACCUUAAGAGACAGGUCAAAAAGGGCAUUGACUUUUUGAAAUACCCAGUCGCAACAAGAGCAGAGAGUAUAGUCUGUAUAGCGGAAUAUAUUUUUGAUGUUUACUGGCGCCGGGAUAUCAAUACGCUGACCAAAUUUCUAUUGUUGACGAAUUCUAGCACACAAAAUGAGAGUAUUUUACAAACCCAAAUUGAAGAGGCUGCAAAAUAUCUUGGUUUUGCAAGAUAG